AUGUUUUAUGUUUCUAGUGAAAUUUUCUCUCCCUCUCCCUCUCUAUGUAAAAACUCGUCUCCCGCACUAAAUUCUGGAAUAAUGGGUGCUCAAGCGGUGUCUCUAAAGGUUGUAGGAGACAAAGCCGCGUUCUAUGGAUGUGGGUUAUAUGGAAAACAAGACACACUUUUGGACCAAGAAAUAUGA